UGGAGCUUGAAUAGCUCAUUGGAAUUGGUAAACUUGUCACACAACUCAUUGAGUGGUAGUCUACCAGAUGAAGUGGGCCAAUUGAAAAAUAUUAAUGUCCUGGAUGUCUCUGAGAAUCAACUAUAUGGUAAUAUUCCCGGAACCAUUCGAGAUUGCUCAAGCUUGGAGUACCUUUAUUUGCAGGGGAAUUCCUUCCAUGGAAUCAUCCCAUCCUCUUUGGCUUCACUAAAAGGUCUUCGGCAUUUAGACCUAUCACGAAAUCACUUAUCUGGAUCAAUUCCUGAUGUUUUGCAGAAUAUUUCUUUCUUGGAAUACUUAAAUGUAUCAUUUAACAUGUUGGAUGGUGAGGUACCAACAGAAGGUGUCUUUCGAAAUGCAAGUGAAUUAGUAGUGACCGGGAACAAUAAGCUUUGUGGAGGUGUUUUGGAGCUACAUCUACCGCUAUGCCCAGUCAAAAGUGAGAAACAUGCAAAAAACCGCAAUUUAGCGAUAAUUAGUGUAAUUGCUUUUCUUCUCAUACUGUCAUUCAUUCUCACUUUCUACUGGAUGAGGAAAAGAAGCAAGAAAUCAUCUUCUGAUUCACCAACAAUUGACCAGCUGGCCAAGGUUUCAUACCAAAACCUACACCAUGGAACCGAUGGGUUUUCAAUAAGAAACUUGAUAGGAUCUGGAAGUUUUGGCUCUGUAUACAAAGGAACUAUUGAGCCUGAAGACACAGUUGUUGCCAUAAAAGUCCUAAAUCUUCAAAAGAAAGGAGCUCACAAGAGUUUCAUUGUUGAAUGCAAUGCACUCAAAAAUAUUAGGCAUCGGAAUCUGGUUAAGAUUUUAACAUGUUGUUCUAGCACAAAUUUCAAAGGUCAAGAAUUUAAAGCUCUUGUUUUUGAGUACAUGACAAAUGGAAGCUUAGAAAGUUGGUUGCAUCCAGCAGCAGAUAUUGCAGAUCAGCAUAGAUCAUUAAACCUUGAGGAGAGGUUAAUUAUUAUUACUGAUGUUGCUUUAGCAUUUCAUUAUCUUCACUAUGAGUGUGAGCAAACUAUCAUUCACUGUGAUUUGAAGCCUGGCAAUGUUCUUCUUGAUGAUUGUAUGGUAGCUCACGUGAGUGAUUUUGGCCUAGCAAGAUUGCUCUCAAGUGUUGGAGUUUCUCAUACACAAAGUAGCACAGUUGGAAUAAAGGGGACCAUUGGUUAUACUCCUCCAGAGCAUGGAAUGGGUUUUGCGGUGUCAAUUGAAGGUGAUAUGUAUAGUUUCAGAAUUUUGAUUUUAGAAAUGUUAACUGGAAGGAGACCCACAGAAGAAAUGUUUCAAGAUGGUCAUAAUCUCCACAAUUAUGUUGAAAUUUCAAUUUCAAAUCACCUUUUACAGAUUGUGGACCCGACUAUUCUCCCCUACGAAUUAGAACAGGGUACUGGCAAUAAGAAACUCGGUCUUACGCAUCCUAGUGUAGAGAGAUGUUUAUUUUCUCUUUUUAGGAUUGCACUUGCUUGUUCAAUGGAAUCACCAAAAGAAAGAAUGAGUAUGAUUGAGAUCAUUAGGGAGCUUAAUCUGAUCAAAAGUUUCUUCCCUUCUGGGAUUUAG